AUGCUGGGGCCGCGGGCGCCGUGGCUGUGCUGGUGGUGGGGGCUGCUGUGCAGCUGCUGCGGGCCCCCGCCUCUGCCCGCCGCCGCCGCCGCCGCCGCCGCCGCCGCCGGGGGGGCGCUGCUGGGGGACGGCGGGAGCCCGGGCCACGCGGAGCCCACGCCGCCGCCGCCGCCGCCGCCGUCCUCCUCCGCCUCCUCCACCUCCUCCUCCUCCUCCUCCGGCUUCCUCUACCGGCGCCUCAAGACGCACGAGAAGCGCGAGAUGCAGAAGGAGAUCCUGUCGGUGCUGGGGCUCCCGCACCGGCCCCGGCCCCUGCACGGCCUCCCGCCGCCGCAGCCCGCGGCGUUCCCGCAGCAGCAGCCUCGCGGGGAGCCCCCUCCCGGGCGGCUGAAGUCCGCGCCGCUCUUCAUGCUGGAUCUGUACAACGCCCUGGCCGCCGCCGACGACGAGGGCUGGGAGGCGGGCGAGCAGAGGCGGCCGCGCGGGCCCCGCGGAGGGGCCGGCUCGUCCCCGCCCCGGCGGCCGCCCCCCGGCGCGGCGCCCCCGGUCGGCGGCAGGAGCCUCGUGGCCGCGGGACCCGGCGGCGGCGGCGGCGGCGGCGGCGGCGCGUCCGCACUGACCAGCGCGCAGGACAGCGCCUUCCUCAACGACGCCGACAUGGUCAUGAGCUUCGUGAACCUGGUGGAGUACGAGAAGGAGUUCUCCCCUGGCCAGCGACACCACAAAGAGUUCAAGUUCAACUUAUCCCAGAUUCCUGAGGGUGAGGCGGUGACGGCUGCAGAAUUCCGAAUCUACAAGGACUGUGUUGUGGGGAGUUUUAAAAACCAAACUUUUCUUAUCAGCAUUUAUCAAGUCUUGCAGGAGCAUCAGCACAGAGACUCUGACCUAUUUUUGUUGGACACCCGCGUGGUGUGGGCCUCAGAAGAAGGCUGGCUGGAAUUUGACAUCACAGCCACUAGCAAUCUGUGGGUCGUGACCCCACAGCACAACAUGGGGCUACAGCUGAGCGUGGUGACCCGGGAUGGACUCCCCAUCAACCCCCGAGCCGCAGGCCUGGUGGGCAGAGAUGGGCCUUACGACAAGCAGCCCUUCAUGGUGGCCUUCUUCAAAGUGAGUGAGGUCCACGUGCGCACCACAAGGUCGGCCCCUGGUCGGCGCCGCCAGCAGAGCCGCAAUCGCUCUACCCAGUCCCAGGAUGUGUCACGGGUCUCCAGCGCCUCAGAUUACAACAGCAGUGAGUUGAAAACGGCCUGCAGGAAGCAUGAGCUGUAUGUGAGCUUCCAAGACCUGGGAUGGCAGGAUUGGAUCAUUGCACCCAAGGGCUAUGCCGCCAACUACUGUGAUGGAGAAUGUUCCUUCCCACUCAACGCGCACAUGAACGCGACGAACCACGCCAUCGUGCAGACGCUGGUCCACCUCAUGAAUCCUGAGUACGUCCCCAAACCGUGCUGCGCGCCAACUAAGCUGAACGCCAUCUCCGUUCUUUACUUUGAUGACAACUCCAAUGUCAUCUUGAAAAAAUACCGGAAUAUGGUUGUCAGAGCUUGUGGAUGCCACUAACUCCUCAAAACCAGCUGCUGGGGACACACAUACAGCCUUGGGUUCCCAGAUAACAUCUGCCUUAAAAAAACAAAAAACAAUAAAAAACAAAAAAAAAACAAACCCAGGAGGAGGGGACGGGGGAGGCGCGGCCUUGAAGCGGCCCCAGGCCAGUUGGUGCCCCACUGCCCAAGGCGGCUUCCCAGGGCCUCCGAAGAAUUUGCUCACACGGUAAAGGGCGCGGGUAGUCGCUGGUGUGCGGGGAGCAGGGUUUGGACGUCGGCGGUAGAGUCUGGUAACGACAGAAGCAUCGCUUUGAGGGCCCCCCCCAGAGCCCACCCAAACUAGCUUUAGCUUUAGAUGAAGCUAUUUGUGGUGUUAGUGAGUGAACAGGGGAAAUGACCCUAAGAGGAGGAAGAGUGAUCUUGGCCGAGGCGCCGGCCCGGUCCGUAGUUUGUCACAACUGGAACGGGGGGGGUGGGCGGGGGAUGCACCCCGAGAAGGGCAGUUCAUGCAGGUGUGCGGCCCGGGCCGCCCCCGGGGCCGCGUGGAAGUGCCUUUUCUGUCGCUGCCCUUAGCAGGGUGGAGGCCCGCGGGUGUGGGACACGGAUUUCGGUCGAGCAGCUGCGUCACUCCUACACCUCGGCCCGUCCCCCCCCAUCGGCGGCCCCGUACACGGGUGCUGGCCGCGGACCGCGCCCCGAGGCCGGCCCUGCCCCUCUCGGGUUCUGGAAAAAGCACAUUAGCCCCAGGAAGGCCGGCUCUAGGAUUUCACCCAUUUCAGGAAAACGGUCCCUUGCCUUUUCCUCGACUGCGUGCCGGGUGGCGGGGUCAGACCCAGCAAGGAGAGGAAGCGAGGAAGGCGACCCCCACCACCAGGAGGGGGUCCAGCGGGCUUGCCCUUAUGAACCCGAAUCCCAGUUUCUCUUGUAGAAAGGAAGACUCAGAAGAAACCGUAGAAUAUUUUUAAAGUGUUUUUUUCACAAUCAUGUACUAGGAAGCCAAUUUCAUACUAAACUGAUUAAAUAAUACAUUUAUGAUCUAAAACUGUUUGCACUUACAGCUUUUUUGUAAAUAUAAACUAUAAUUUAUUGUCUAUUUUAUAUCUGUUUUGCUGUAACAUUUAAGGAGAGACCAGACUUUUUUUUUUUUUUUAAAAAGAGUUUAUUUAGAAAGUAUCAUAGUGUAAACAAAUUGUACCACUUGGAUUUUAAUACAAGACUCAUGAUGCAAAGCUGAAGCCACUCAUGAGGAUUGUGCUUCUCUAGAAAGUUGGGGUUUUUAAAAGGACAUCUGUGAACCAUACAUAAUUAAUAAAGAUUUCCUUUAAGGCA